AACCACAUAGCAUUGCAGAGAUAAAAUUCACAUAUACAGAGACUGUAAUUUCCACACACAGCCAGCGCAGCGCAGCAAGCGAGCGAAAUCGAGUUGAAAUUAAAGACAAAAAAAGAAAAUUGUUAGUCGGUGUGGACUGCCAUCUGUCAAUUGCAAUCACAAAUAAAAUGGCAAGAACGCGUUAAUAUUAAAUCGUGCUAAAAAACCCUACUGAUAUUUGUAAUUGGCAAGUUCAUUGCACGAAUAAUAUAUUUGGUUAUACAUUUGUGUGCGUGCGUGUGCGUGUGUGUGUCAGCGUGCAUGUGUGCGUGCGUGCGUGAGCGUGAGUUUGUGCGAGUGUAGUGUAAAAGGCAAAAAAAUAAAAAUCUAAAGCAUAUUUGGCAAAAUUUCAAUGCAAAGUUAAGGCCAAACAUAAAAAAAUAAAAAAUCCCGCAGUGUAAAACGAGGCAACAGCAACAACCGACAACAACAACAACGUCGGCAGCAACAGCAUAAGAAGAAGAACCAAAAAAGAAAACUUGUUUGAAACAAGACGAACAAGACGCUAAAAGGCAAUCUUAACUCCAAGUUGAGCGCGCGAGAGCGAGAGAGAAAGAGAGCGUGAGCGAGAGACGUGCAAAGCAAAGCAAAAAAGGCAAAGGCGAAGCAAACGCAAAAGCGAAGCAGCAAACGGCAUUUUGCAGUCCGUCGUCGUUGUCUCAAAGAGCAGAGCACAGCAAGAAAAUAUCAAAUAGAUAGCGAACGAUAGAUAGAACGAUAGAUAGCUACAUAGAUACAAGCGAUAGCGAUAGACGAUAGACAGCUGACCAGUGCGUGCGGAAGGAAGGAAGGUGUGGAGGCGGGUCGAGCGACGUCACCGAUAUCAAUAACAAUAAUUCUACACACACAAUCGCACCGGGCUCAGCAUGGAUGAAGAUGACAACAUAUCCAAUGCUGACAUAAGUAUCGAUGAUGACGAUGGCGUUGAUCAGACAACGUCGACGUCGACGCAGCAGCACCAACAACAACAACAGCAGCAACAACCACAGCAAACUGGCGAUGAAGAUGAAUCCUCGGAUGUGGAUUUGCGUACCGCUUAUGCGCUGCAAUUUCAGCUAGCUAAUGUUACCAGUCGCAGUGGUAGCGGCAGCGGCAGCGGCAACAGUAGUAGCAGCAGCGGUGUCGGGAGCGUAGCUGCUCCAACAGUUGCAGCUACAACAACAACAACAACUGCAGCAAGUGGUAGUGGCAUCGAUAAUUCGCCAUUUCAUGAUUGGGACUCACAGACAACAACAACAACGCAAACGCCACGCAGCAGCAGCGGCGGCGGCGUCGCUGUCAAUAAUGAUGAUGAUGGCAGCGCUGCCGCUGCAGCUGGCGGCGCCAAGCCAAGCUUCUUCUUUGGCACCUCCUCGUUCAUAUUGCGCAGCCGCAAGGAGGUCGCCGCAUUGAUCAAUACGGAAUGCUGCCGUGGCAGCCCGACACCGGAUUUGGAUUCCAUUAUGGAUACGCUCUUCAAUCCCGGCACGCCCAUCGAUAACCCCGAUAAUAUCGAAUGGAUACGAUGGCUAAUUGCCGGCGGUCGGACGCCCAAGGAAUUUGUCAAAAUUGUUCGAAGUUAUGAUAAUCACGCCAAGUGUGGCUUGGUCUGGGUGCCACAUGUGGUGGCAUAUCGAUGUCGCACCUGCGGCAUUUCGCCCUGCAUGUCCAUCUGCCGUGACUGCUUCAAGAAGGGCAACCACACCAACCAUGACUUCAACAUGUUCUUAUCGCAGGCGGGCGGCGCUUGCGAUUGUGGCGACACAUCCGUGAUGAAGGCCGAAGGCUUUUGCAGUGACCAUGGCAUCAACAAUCGUGUGAAUCGUGAUCCCGUGCCCAACAAUCUGUUGGCCGUCGCGGAGGCGAUAAUGCCAAAGCUGCUGUUCCGUUUGCUGCAGCAUUUCCGGGAGCACAGCGAUGCCUCACUGCAGGCGCACUCAGUCACCUCGUAUUCGUGUGAGGCAUUCGCCAAUAUGCUGAUCGAUUUGAAUAACAUGGGCGAGAUAAUGCGCAAGGUGAUGACACGCACCCUGAUCAAUGCCGAUGUGUAUUCGUAUUUUAUGGAAACACCCUGCCAGGAUACGCGCAACGGGCGAUUCCUGAAGGCGAAUCGCGAGAAAUACGAGGAUGCUGUGAAUCGAUUUCCCAAUCCCGAGCCACCGGAUGAGUAUCGUGAUCUGCCGGCGUUGGGCAACAAACUGGUGCACACUACGCUGCUUGAGGAGUUCAUCUUUUGGACGUUCAAAUUUGAGUUUCCCCAGACGUUGGUUUGCUUCCUGCUCAACAUGCUGCCGGAUCAGGACUACAAGGAACACCUGACACGCACCUUCGUGAUGCACUACAGUCGCAUUCCAUCCGUGCUGGAAAUGUCGCGGGAUCCCGACACGCUCAGCAAUCGUGUUGUCCACAUGAGCGUACAGCUCUUCUCCAACGAGAGUCUGGCACUCAAGAUGGUCAACGAACUCUCGCUGCUGCAUGUGAUGAUCAUCAGUCUGAAGCUCAUGAUGUCCAAGAUACUCAUACAGAAUACGCUGCAUGAUCCGAAAAAGAAUUUCCAUUUUGUGAUCGAUUGUACGCGACAAGUGAUGAAGGAUCAUUGCUAUUGGCCCCUUGUCUCGGACUUUAACAAUGUGCUGUCGCAUGAAUCCGUUGCUUUGGUGUUUCUCCGCGAUGACAAUCUGAUCGAUAUGUGGUUUCAGUUUCUGCAAAUGCUGCAGGGCAUGAAUGUGAAUGUCCGCGAGACGGCAUCGCAUGUGGAAUUCGAACCCAACAGCUAUUAUGCGGCAUUCUCCUGCGAACUGGAGGCCAGCGCCUAUCCAAUGUGGUCGAUAAUAUCGCAUCUACAGGAUGGCACACAUGCGCAUCUCGCCCGCAAGAUCAUCAACUAUUGUGUGACAACGCUGCACGAAUGGCUCGACUCGAUCUACAUCAAGGAGCCCAAACUGUCGCUGGAGGAAAUGAUGCAGGCUUCGUUUCACUUUCCGCUCCAUCGUUACCUGGCUGCAUUCGUUUGCCAAGCGGUCACCAAAAUGGGCAUCAGCCUCAGCGAAGUGUUGCCCUCGCGUCCAGACAUAUUGCCUCUACUCAUGAUACAUCCGCUGCGAGUGCAGAGUUUCUUCUACGAAAUACUUGCUGGCAAAUGGGUGCGCAAUGGACUGCAGAUCAAAGGUCAAGCCAUGACCUAUAUACAGGCGAACUUUUGCAAUUCGAUGGCCGACAUGGAUCUGUUCUUUUUGCAAAUCUGUGCCACAAAUCUGUCGCAAUAUUUCUUUCUGCAAAACACCAUCGAACUGUUCGAUGUGGGCCAAUGGCUGGAGACGUCACCGCUGAAGCAACCGCAAAAACCGGAGCAAUCCUCAAUGCUGGAGGGUUUUCUCACAUUCCUCGCCACCCUGGUCACAAGUCGCACCAAUCUGGGCAACGAUGAGGCGACCCAGUGCAUCAUUGAGAUUAGUGCGCUGCUGGCCACCGAAAAUAAAACGCAUUCACAGUUGCUCGAACUGAUGCCCGAGCGCUCUGGCAACGUGCACACCAAGAACUUUGAGACGUUCCUCAAGAAGCUAUCCGUCUACAAGGCGCCAUCGAGUGGCUCCGAGAAUCUGGAGCAAGGUCUCUUCACGCCCAUCGACGAGGUGUGGGAGGAAUACUAUGAUCCGUUGCAUGUGCUCCUCCGUGCAGUGCAUCGUCGCGAUUUCCAAUCAUCGCUGGAUCGCUUCACCAACUAUGUCAAGUCGAAGCAUAAGAUGCCAGCCAGCGGCAAUCUUUGGCCACCCUUUCGUUUACCCCUGCCCGUCGGUGCCGCCUUCACGGAUCCGUGUCGCAUACUCAACUCCCGUCUCUUUCACUCGACCAUUCUGUCGAUCUUCUUCCGGGCUGUGCAUACGCGCGAUGUGUCCGAACAUCUGCUCGCGUUGGCCGUCUUUCUCCUCGAGAUUGCCGUGGAGACGAGCAGCGACAUUAACGCUGGCAUGACCACAGCAGGCGCAGGCGUAGGCGCAGGCGCAUCAUCAUCGAAUGCAGCAGCAGCUGCAGCUGCGGCUGCCGCAUCACCUGUCGCAAUGGUCGAGUGUGAGCCGCAACACAAGUCCGGCUAUGGCUACGGCUAUGGGGGCAAUCGACGUGAACCGCCGAAGCUCUUCCAUUGCUAUCCCACCGACAAUCUCAGCUGCAAUCUGCGGCAUGUGGUGAGCAAAGUGUCGCUGAAAUCCCGGGAUCCGCAGGUGACCAGCUCCAGCUAUCGCUCGAAUCCGUUUUACAGCGAUCUGGACUUUGAUGUCGAUACGGAAACAAUGCGGAUGAUUGGCGACACUUAUGGCCUGGAUGAUUUGGAUGAGACAUCGGGGGCAAUGAGUGUGGCACGCACCCAGCAACAGCAGCAGCAACAACAACAACAGCAACAGGGACGCAACAAUGCCAUUUCACGCAUGCGCAUGGAGGUGGCACUUGUUCCCGAUCUCUCCGUGGUGGCGGAGACGGGCGUGGUGCUGCUGCAGCAGGAUGACAACGAUCACGAUGGACGCGAUGCGGCCAUGGAUAUGAGUCCAGCUGGCCAGGAUUUCCAUCAUUUUCCGCUGCAACAAAUAACGCUGCCCGAGAGCGGCAUGGAGGUGGCCAUCCGGCGGGAUCUGUUGCUCGCCGAGAGCACAACAACCGUAACCGCAACAAUCACGGACGAGGACACCACCAGAGUUGUGGCAACUGUGGCGCCCACCGCUGCUGCCAAUGCUGCUGCUGCUGCAGCCAUCGGUGCCGGUGCCGGUGCCGGUGGCAAUGAGAUGUUCUCGCCGAGCACACCGACGGGCAGCGGCAUGUUGUUGCCGUUCCAACGCGUCCGUUUGCCGGUGGCUGUGCCCAGCUCCAACAUGGACAUUGUGCCAUCGCAUGCGCUGGGCGCUGCAUCGGGAGUGGGCGGCAGCCUCGGUGGCGAUGCGAGUGGCGCCCGAAAGCGGACGGUGGACAUUGCCAUCGGCGGGGCGGGCAACAAGGAUGAGCUGCACAUGGACGAGAGCAUUUUGUCGCUGCUCCUCAAGUUGCACUCGCAGCUGAGCGGCAAUCUCGAUAGCUUCUCGCUGAGCGAUAACGGCGCCACCUCGUCCACCUCCACGUCCCAUGUCAAUGCCAACGAUGCCAUGGAUGUGGACUGCAAUGAGGCGAGCACCAGCUCGGCGCUAGCGGAACGCUUUGCGACCAGCUCGACCGGGAGCAGCUAUCAUCAGCAGCACAUUCAGGUGUCGAGUUCGCGCAUCGGCGACGGACCGUUCUUCAUUGGGAAUCUGCUGCGCAAGAUUGCCACACGGGAUGAGCAGUGUGCCCAGAGCAUCGACGAUAUACGCACCCGACUGUGGCCCAAUCAGCGGGAGAAACAGGCGGAGGCGAGGGCGCGGGAGACCAAGGAGAAGGAGGAGCGACGCAAGAAGGCACGCGAACGUCAGCAGAAGAUGAUGCAGGAUUUCGCCAACAAACAGAAGCAAUUUAUGCAAUCGGCCGCAGCGGCGGCCAACAACAUGGACUACGGACUGGAGGAUGACGAUGAGGAGGCCAUGUAUGAGGAGCAGGCGCGGGAAAAGGAAUACGAUUGCAUCAUCUGCAAUUGCACCACGGCGAGCACCGAAACGAAUCCCAUCGGGCUCGUCGUCCUGGUCGAAUCCAGCGGCAUUGUCGGACAUCGUCGGCGGAAUGUCGAGCGUUUGCCAUUGCCACUGAACGAUGAUGACAAGGAACGUCUGGCUGUGACCACCAGAUUGGCCACCGAAUUCACCCGACGCACCGAUCUCUUGAGCUUGAAGUUCGGCGAUGAGUCGUGGUAUCUGUCCAAUAACAUGGCCUACGAUAAUGGCGUUCAUGUGCAAUCCUGUGGCCAUCAUGUGCAUCUCAGUUGCCUCGAGGCGUACCUCAAAACGUUGUACACAACGCAACGGCAACCGGUGCAGGAUCGUGGUGAAUUCUAUUGUCCCGUCUGUCGCCAGCUAUCGAACUCGGUGCUGCCGCUCAGUCCCCAGCUGGACAGGCCGAUGCAUCUCGUGCGCAGUGGCAAUCAGCCAUUCGAGCAGCUCGUCGCCGAUCUCACCGAUCUGAUCAAGGAGAACGAAACGAUACCGCAGCCCACAAAGCUAACGGAGGCCAUGGGCCAUGCCAUGGAGGUGAUGACGAACAUAGCGCAACGGAAAGUGAAAUGCGCCUCGAUCACGUUCCGCAAGCUGUUCAUCUUUGUGACAUCGAUAGCGCGCACCAAUCUAGAGGCGGAGAUCAUACAACGUGGCGGCUCGUUGUGCUCCUCGAAUGCGACACGCUACAAACCGAAACGGGAUUGCAUUGUGCCGCUGUUGCAUGUGCUGUCGGUGCAUGUGCGCGUCCUCGUCGAGUGGCCGCUGUGGAGCAGCUGGGCCUCGUUGGCCGGGAUGCCGGUGAACGAUACGGAGCCGUUGCCCGCCCAUUGUCGCGAGCUCAUUCCUAGUCUGCUGGCGGAUCCGAUAGCGUUGCUGCUCAAGUUCAUAUUGCUGGCGCCGCUGCAUUUGGAUCAGGACUAUUUCACGUGCAUGGUCAAAGUGAUGUACAAUCUGCUCUACUAUCAGAUUGUCGUGCAGCUGUGCGUCACACUCACCGAUCUCGAGUGCGACUAUAUAUUGGCACACUUUGGUGGUGGCCAUCACCAACAAUCGUCGUCGUUGUUGUCAGGUUCGCGUCGCAGCACGCUGCAGAGUUGUGCGCAAUUGGGCAGCGCCAUGGCUCUGGUGUUGAAUCAAACGAAUCGCUUGUCGCAUCUGCGACGCGACAGCAUCCCAAGCACAAGCACAAGCACAAGCGCCGCCAGCGCCAGUUCAAGCAGCAGCAGCAGCAGCUCCACAUCCACAUCCAGUUCCAGCUCCAGUUCAAACAGCAGCGAGGUGAAUCUCAAAUCAAUGGAGCUGCAAUUGCAAUCGCUUUGCCUGCCAUUUUUGCGGAUCGCUGCGUUGCUGCGUCAGCAUCUCUAUCGUCACGAGAUGCCUGAGAUAUCGGCUCCGGGUUUGGAAUUUGUGCGACUUGUUUACUAUUUGGAAUUGGUCACCGAUUCCAUGGACUGGGAUUGCUUCAAUGCCUCGAAGGGUUUGUGCUUCAUACCCGGCACGGAACAAACGUUGCCACAAUUCUGGUGCAAGCAGCUGAUGGAUGUGCAUCCUCCCACGGAUACAGUUCGCGAAUUGAUACUGAUGAAUCAGCAUUCGCUGUGGCAACAGCCGCGUCUGCUCAAAUUGCCACGCGAAUACGAGCGACUCUUCACAUACUACCAUGAGCGACCUUGCCUCAACUGCUACAAGGUGCCCAAGGAGAGCUCCAUUUGUCUGCUGUGCGGCACGAUUGUGUGCCUCAAGCAAAACUGUUGCGCCGAAAAAGAAUGCUGCGAGGCAGUGCGGCACACGUUGUCCUGCGGCGGCGGCAUUGGCAUCUUCCUGGUGGUCACCUCGACGUACAUUAUUGUUAUCCGUGGGCGACGCGCUUGCCUUUGGGGUUCGCUCUAUCUGGACGAUUUCGACGAAGAGGAUCGUGAUCUCAAGCGUGGCAAGCCGCUAUAUUUGAGCCAGGAUCGCUUCAAUCUGCUGGAGUCACAGUGGCUGUCGCACAAAUUCGCGCACACGAAGCACACUUGGGUCUUUCAUCGCGAUCUCUUGUGAAACAUGGAAGACUUACUGCGCAGCAUCCAAGAGCUGGUUGGCCAGAUCUAAUCUAAACAAGAAUUCGACACAAAACAAAAAGAGAAAGAUGGAAAACGAAACCAAACCCACAACAACACAUCAAUCAAUCAACAAACUACUUUCCUCCCCCCCCCACACACACACACACACACACACACACACACACACACAACAUUUGUGCUAUACGAAAGAGAGAGAAAAAAGAAGCGACGACGACGACUUCAAUUACGACUAAGGAUAUGGAUAUAGAUAUAUAUAUAAAACGUAUUUAUACAUUAUGUAUAUAGGCAAAGAAGCAGCAUAUUAAUGCGAUGAUAUGUGGUGAUGAGUAAAUGCAAAAUGCAACUGAUAUUGAUAUUAAGAGUCAUAUUUAAAUGAAAAACAAAAACAUAUACAGACAUAUAUAUAUACUAAUACACACACAUACGCCUCUAUAUGUAUAAAAGUGCUGUCUCUGUCUCUGAUUAAUAAUUGUCUCCGUCUCUGUCUUUGUCUGUGUGCAAUGCUCCUCAAAUUAUAUAAAUAUACGUUAUAUAAACAAAACAAAAACUAUAUGUGUGUGUGCUUGUAUGUAUUUAGUCACUAAGCCUUGAUUAGGUUUAUUUAAGCUACACUUAAACACACACAGACACACACUCACACACACACACACCCUUGGCCUCAUGAGUUUGUGCAUGUAAAAAAUGAAACGAUGAAAUUCAUAUAGUUAAAAAAAAUAACAGAUAUAUACACACAUAUAUAACAAUUCUAUAUAAUCAAAAAAAAAAAAAAAUAAUGAUAUAUAUAAAUAUAUAACACGAGAGAAAA